AUGCCUAACCAAUACAAACCCCUGCCUCCUGAAAUUGACCUCAAGCCGAUCAUCGAGCUCUACUACCAUAUGGGUUUGAGCGAUAUCAACAUUGCUCGACGCAGUAUCGACCACUUCGAUAAAGAUACGUACGGUCUCGGAGUGAAAUCUGUCAAACGAAUGCGCAAGAAGUGGGGUCUCACUAGCACGCGACAGCAAAAGCACACCAUUGAAACUAUCACAGAGGAUGUCGCUGAGAUCAAACGAAAUUUCCCCAAUAGUGGUGCUGACGCGAUCAAGAAAACUCUCAUGUCGGAAAAGAACAUUCGUGUACCCCGCGAGGUUGUUCUAUCACUUCUUAAGGAAAUUGAGCCGGAAGCUGUGAUAGCUCGCAGAUAUAGAAAGAAAGAAGUACAUGUGACGACAGCUACGGGCAGUGAAUGUUGA